UGGCAACCGGAGUGAGCCCAUAGCAACGGUCCACAACGCAACUCAGAUAUUACCACAAAUAUAGACAACUAGUAAAGAAGAGCUUUAACACUUAUUUAAGUGAUAGAGUAAAUUAUUAAAACAAAAAGCACAAACUAUUUGCAAACGCAGAUACUUGCCCUUUUUCAAAAUGGGGGACAAAACUCGUCCCAAACGUAUUUUUAUCAACGACGUCGACAGGUAUUCCUCCGAACACAUCGCCAAGUUUUUAGCGACCUGCGCUGCCGGAGAGAGCUCGGAGGAGGGAGAGGAACAGACGUUGGCCUCCCCUGAAGGUGAACCUGCUUUUCAGAUAGUGGGAACUGUGUCUGCUUCCUCCAGAGGUGACAAAGACAGCUUUCUGCUUGAACAGUACACGUCACCAACUGAGGCUGAGCUUCUUGAGAGACUGCUGGAAUGUGAUGUCAUUGUGUACAACAUCUCAGAAAAUGGCUCACAGCAGCAGCUUGAAGAAGCAACAUGGGCAAUCACAGCCCUUCAUGCUGAGAUGGAGAACUUCAAGUCUCGGAAAAUGUUCAUCUUAGUCUCCACCGUGAUGACCUGGGCCAGGACCAAGCCACAGAAUCCUGAUACAAUGGACAUUCUUCUAACAGAGGAGGAGUUCAGAAGAAGAAGGCCUCAUCCCAACUUCAAAAAGCACAAUAAUCUGGAGAAACUUGUGCUCAAAUUGGGAAGGGGUAAGGGGUCCAGACUUAGUGGCUAUGUAGUAGCCAGCGGUCUUCAAUAUGGAAAAGGAGAGAACCUCUUUCACUACUUUUUCAAGGUGUCUUGGUUGAUGCAAUUUCCAAAAGUUCCUAUUUUUGGAGAGGGCACAAAUUACAUCCCAAUGAUCCACGUUUAUGACCUUGGAGGAGUUCUCCAAAAUGUCAUUGAACUCAAGCCAAAGGCAAAGUACAUUCUUGCUGUUGAUGACUCCAAGAACACUUUAGAGGAUAUUGUGCAGAUGAUAAGCGAUUCACUUGGGCCGGGAAAACUGAACAAAGUACCAGCACAGGAAGCAAUCGCCAUGAAAGCUUUUAAGCCAGAGGAAUUGGAUUACCUCAGUAUCAACCUCCGUCUAGAUGCUUUUAUUAUCAAAGACUCCUUCAGUCUCCGCUGGAUGUCUAUAGCUGGGAUGGUUGAAAACAUGGAGAGCAUCGUGGAGGAAUACAGGGACACCAGGCAGCUAUUUCCAUUCAGAAUCUGCCUGGUUGGACCUCCAGCUGUGGGUAAAUCAACAGUUGCAGAGAAGUUGUGCAGUCAUUACCAAAUACGCCACAUCAGGAUCAAAGAGGUCAUAGAGGAAAAGAUCACACAACUGAAGGAGAUGAUGGAUGAAGCUGAGUCUGAUUAUGUCAGUGAAGAGGUAGCAGCUGCUGCCAAGAAACAACUGGAAGACCUCAACAAAAGCAUGGAAAUGAAUGCAGGUCGACUGGAUGAUGAUCUACUUGUUGACAUUAUGCAAGAAAAGCUGAAUUCAAAGCCAUGCAUGAACCAAGGAUUUGUCCUCGAUGGAUUCCCGAAGACUUAUGAGCAAGCAAAGCUGAUUUUCUAUGAUGAGGACACAGGGAGCCAGAAGGUGAUGUUCAAGCCUGUGUACAACCAGAAGAUCACACCAGAACAUGUUUUCGCCCUGGAUGCGACAGAUGAGUUCCUGACAAAGAGAGCACAGGGACUUCCACAGAGCGUGGCAGAGAAAAUGCGAUACACCCAGGAGGAAUUUAUCGCUCGUCUGACGAGCUACAGACAACUCAGCACUGCGGAGGAAACUCUGCUGGACUACUUCGAUGAGCUCGAGAUUCACCCAGAACAUAUCGAGGUCACGACAGGUGAUGCAGAGUACACAGACAUUAUAAAGAAGAUCACUGAGAUAGUGGGGACUCCCAAGAAUUAUGGCCUGAGUCCAGAGGAGCAGGAGGAGGAGGACAGAAAGAAAGAGGAAGAGAGGAAGCAGAGACUGGCUGCAGAAGCUGCUGAGAAGAAACGGAGGAAUGAAACUGCACUGGCUGAGAUGGUUUCUCAGUACGAAGAGUGGCAGAAGAAUUUGUCAGAGCUGCAGAGACAGGAGUAUGAGCUGCUGGAAGCUCGCUCGCUUCCUUUGAGGAACUACCUGAUGAAGUAUGUGAUGCCCUCGCUCACUGAGGCCUUGUUAGACUGCAGCAAGAUCAAACCAGAGGACCCCGUCGACUUUUUGGCUGAACAUCUGCUACGGAACAACCAGCAAGGAGAACAACCACAGUAAUGAGGAAAUGUCCCAGUGCACGAUACUAAGUUACAGCAUUUGAGGCUGUGAUCAUUCCACACUGGUUAACACGAUCACAAAAGAAUUUGAUUUCUGGUGCUGUCAUUCAAGCAGUUUAUCAGUCAAAACAUCAACAAAAUAUCAAACAAUUUUCUGCAUUCUGUCACCUUCAGUCACUCUUAAAAAAGUGUUUAUGUAAUUGUAACAAAAGGCUUUUGUAAUGCAUAGUAAAUUGCUUGAUAAGUGUAAUAGUGUAAAGUGAGCAUUCAUAAUAAAUUAAUUCAUUAAUAAAUGCUCACAAGUUUCGA